GGGACCGGGGUCUGCCCUGGAAGGAGUGUGACCAGAGCUUGCAGCCAUGCCGGUGACUGUGACUCGGACCACGGUGACCACCACCACCACCACCUCCGGCCUGGGCUCCCCCACCAUAGUGGGCUCCCCGGCGCUGGGGCCUCCUCCCUGAUUGUCCACCUGCGUGGCCUUCUCCUUGGUGGUGCACGUGGGGGCCUGGGUCGGGGUCAUGGGCAACUGGGUGAUGUUCGCCUGGUGCUUCUGCUUUGCCAUGACGCUGGUGAUCCUGUUGGUGGAGAUGGCCGGCUUACAGCCCCGCUUCCCGCUCUCCUGGCGCAACUUCCCCAUCACCUACGCGUGCUACGCCACCCUGCUCUGCCUCUCGGCCUCCAUCAUCUACCCCACCACCUUGCGUUCGGGCCACGGCCAGAGCGGACCCCGCCAUUUGGGCCCUUUCUUCUCCGCGGCCUGCCUGGCCCUCCCCAGGGCCUGGACCAGGGCCCGGCCCGGGUCCGCGGCUCUGGCCACCGUGCCCGGCCUCCUCAAGGUCCUGGAGAUUUCCGCUCAUCACUUCGCCGUCAGCGCCGCCCAUCCCCGGCCCUGGCCUGGGUGGUGUCUGGCCGUCUACUGCAUCUGCUUCAUCCUGUCUGCGGUGGCCAUCAUCCUGAGCCUGGGGGACUGCACGGGCCAGCUGCCCAUCCCGUUCCCCACCUUCCUCACCGGCCUGGCCGUGGUGGCGGUGGCGCUCUACGCCUCGGCCCUGGUGCUCUGGCCCCUCUAUCAGUUCGAUGACCGCCGGGGAGGCCGGUCCCGGAGGCGGGAAGACCCGAGCUGCCCCUACCGCCACGCCUACUUCGUGUGCGACUGGGAUCGCCGGUGGCCUCUCCCCGGGGUCAACCCGGCCCUCGUGGCCGACCUGGUGCACUCGGCCUGGCUGGUUUUCAUCAGGGGUGUGCGGGUGGUUGGCCAGGAAACCCCCGAGAAUCGGGGACGGGGACCGUCAUGGCGUCAGGUGGGCGGCGCAGCUGGGCUUGGGGGUCCAGCUCUCCCGCCCCCGACCCUGAGGAGCCGCGAGGAGCGAGCCAGGCCGGGCGUGCCUGCCCAGGGCCCCACCCCCGGGCUGCCGGCGCAGCUGCUGCCGGCCCCGUUUGGCAGCUGGGGCCACGGGCCGGGUGGGGCAGCCUCGGGCCCCGGGCUCCGGGACAGGGCCCGGCAGCGCGGGGAGGCUUGGCCCCCCGCAGAGAGCUGA